AAAAAAGCUAGUGUAGAUCUCAGCUGCCUGGGAAGCAGAGAGGACAUGGCUGGAGGAAAAGCCUCAUCUCGAACAGUUCCUGCACUGGCAAUGGGAGAGAGGGCUUCUCACUCAUAAUAAGGGGAGGCAAGUGAUUGCUAUAGAGAAGAAGAGGAAAAGCUAGCAAGCAGCCCCAGCCUCCAGUCUAUGCAUGACUGACUGACUCACUCACUACUGGGAGAUACUUUAGGAAUACAGAUAAGACAGUGGACCUUUUUUUGUGGCUUUGCCUGGAUCUCAUCAAGACCCCAUUGUAUUUCCCAUGUGGAUUGCAGCCUUGGAACACUGAGGCUGGUGUUGGCACAGCUUGGACAGCCCAAGGAUCUGAGGAGAAUCAUGUAAAGAAGAUCCAAAUUAAAAAAGGCUGCACAUACCAAAGAGAGCCGGGGAUCCAUCUCUCUCCCAUCAGCCAACACAAUGGAACAAAGGUGGUUUCGUACGUGGACACAAUAUUCAUUACAUCUCCACAGUAGGACUGCUUCCUUAGUUUUGUUGAUUUUGUCCAUGUUGUCUCAAAACUUUCCUUGUGCUCCCCUCAGCAGCAUAUUUAAUGCCGAGCACAGGGAUUGGACAUUUAGCCACCUUACUGUGCACCAAAGUACAGGGGCAGUUUAUGUAGGGGCAGUAAACAGGAUUUAUAAGCUGUCUGGAAACUUGACUUUGCUGGUGUCCCACAACACAGGUCCUGGAGAAGAUAACAAAUCCUGCUAUCCUCCACAGAAUGUUCAGCCCUGCAGUGAGCCUCGCACCCUGACCAACAAUGUGAACAAACUGCUUAUCAUUGACUACUCUGAAAAUCGUCUGCUAGCUUGUGGAAGCCUUUACCAGGGUGUUUGCAAACUCCUUCGUUUGGAUGAUCUAUUUAUCUUGGUGGAACCAUCUCACAAGAAAGAACAUUAUCUCUCUAGUGUCAAUGAGACAGGCACAAUGUAUGGAGUAAUUGUUAAGUCCGAGGGUCAGGAUGGCAAACUAUUUGUUGGGACUGCAGUGGAUGGCAAACAGGACUAUUUCCCCACCCUCUCCAGCCGCAAGUUGCCUCGUGACCCUGAAUCGUCCACCAUGUUGGAUUAUGAGCUUUACAGUGACUUUGUGUCAUCCCUAAUCAAGAUCCCAUCUGACACCCUAGCUUUGGUCUCCCAUUUCGAUAUUUUUUAUGUCUAUGGAUUUUCCAGUGGUAAUUAUGUAUAUUUUCUCACUGUUCAGCCUGAAACCCCAGAAGGUGUCUCAAGCAAUUCAGCUAGUGACCUUUUUUACACCUCACGGAUUGUACGGUUAUGCAAAAAUGACCCCAAGUUCCACUCUUAUGUUUCCCUACCGAUUGGAUGCACCAAAAAUGGAGUUGAGUAUAGGCUUCUUCAAGCAGCAUACCUCACUAAGCCUGGUGCCACAUUAGCAAGGUCUCUGAAAAUUUCUACCCAGGAUGAUGUACUUUUUGCUAUCUUCUCCAAGGGUCAAAAGCAGUAUCACAAUCCACCUGAUGACUCAACUCUGUGCAUCUUUCCUAUCAAGACGAUAAACUCACUCAUUAAGGAGAGACUCCAGUCUUGUUACCAAGGGGAGGGAAACCUGGAGUUGAACUGGCUUCUUGGGAAAGAUGUGCACUGCACUAGAGCGCCAGUUCCCAUUGACGAUAACUUCUGUGGUUUGGAUAUUAACCAGCCUUUGGGAGGAUCGACUCUGGUCGAAGGUGUCACACUUUACACAGAGAGCAGAGACAGGAUGACAUCUCUGGCUUCAUACGUCUAUAACAACUACAGCGUGGUCUUUGUGGGCACCAAAAGUGGCAGAAUCAAGAAGAUUCGGGCUGAUGGCCCCCCUUACGGUGGCAUUCAAUACGAGGUGGUCCAUGCGAUGAGAGACGGAAGCCCUAUACUACGUGAUAUGGCGUUCUCUACCGACAGGAAAUACCUGUACAUUAUGUCAGAGAGACAGGUAUCAAGAAUGACAGUAGAAUCUUGUGAGCAAUAUACAACAUGCGGAGAAUGCCUUAGUUCAGGAGACCCUCAUUGCGGAUGGUGUGUUUUGCAUAACAUGUGUUCUCGGAAGGAUAAAUGUGAACGUGCUGAAGAGCCAUUUCGAUUUGCAGCCACUAUGGAGCAGUGUGUGAAAGUUACUGUGCAGCCCAACAGCCUCCCAGUGUCAGAGCAUAGCUUACCGCUUACUCUGGAAGUUAGCGAUGUUCCUGACCUGUCUGCUGGAGUCACAUGUUCAAUCGGUAACUUGACACAGGUAGAUGGACAGGUAUCUGGCAACCGUAUCAUAUGUGUAUCCCCAGCUGCUAAAGAUGUUCCUACAAUACCUGCAGACCAAGACUGGUAUGGGGUGGAGCUGCAGCUGAUAUCCAAAGAAACCGGGAAGAUUUUUGUCAGCACAGACUUCAAAUUCUACAACUGCAGCGGUCACCAGCUAUGCUUGUCCUGCGUGAACAGCGAUUUCCGCUGCCAUUGGUGCAAAUAUCGCAACCUCUGCACCCACGAUCCAACUACCUGCUCCUUCCAAGAGGGCCGUGUCAAUGGCUCUGAGGAUUGCCCGCAGCUAAUACCCACUGAGGAGAUCUUAAUCCCUGUUGGGGAGGUAAAGCCGAUCACACUGAAGGCCAGGAACUUGCCACAACCACAGUCUGGGCAGCGAGGAUACGAGUGUGUGUUGAAUAUACAAGGUGUGCUGUACCGAAUGCCAGCUCUGCGCUUCAACAGCUCCAGCGUGCAGUGUCAGAACAGCUCGUAUAUUUAUGAAGGCAUGGACAUAAGUGAUCUCGCUGUAGAUUUUUCUGUGGUGUGGAAUGGGAAUUUUAUCAUAGACAACCCUCAUGAUAUCAAAGUUCACUUGUAUAAAUGUGCUGCUCAGCGCGAAAGCUGUGGCCUCUGUCUGAAGGCCCAUCAUAAGUUUGAGUGUGGCUGGUGCAGUGGUGAAGGACGAUGCACUUUACACCAUCAUUGCGCUUCUCUUGAGAACCAGUGGCUGGACUGGUCUAGCAGGAAUGUCAAGUGUGCAAACCCACGUAUAACUGAGAUUCUCACUGUGUCUGGACCCCCUGAAGGAGGCACCCGAGUCACCAUUCGUGGUGUCAACCUAGGUUUGGACUUCUCCGAGAUUGCUCAGAAUGUGUUGGUGGCAGGAGCCCAAUGCACACCUGUGGAGGAGGAAUAUAUUAUCGCAGAACAGAUUGUGUGUGAAAUGGAACCGGCACCUCCAGCUUCCAGCUCAGGUCCUGUUCUCCUGUGCAUCGGGGAGUGUAAACCCGAGUUCAUGGCUCGUUCUUUGCAGCAGUAUAGCUUUGUGAACCCAACGGUAUCCCACCUGAGACCAACUCGUGGGCCUGAAUCUGGAGGGACCAUGGUGACCAUCACAGGUCACAAUCUGGGCGCUGGAAGCACUGUCUCAGUACUUCUGGGAAACCAAACCUGUGAAUUUUAUGGGAGGUCUCUGAAUGAGAUAGUGUGUGUAACGGCUCCAUCCACACAUGGCCUGGGUUCAGUUCAUGUAUCUGUCAGUGUGGACAGAGCCCAGAUCGAGUCUAACUUGCAGUUUGAAUACAUCGAUGACCCAAAGGUUUCACGCAUCGAGCCUGAAUGGAGUAUUGCCAGUGGUCACACCUCUCUCAUGGUUACCGGCACCAAUCUGGACAUCAUUCAAGAGCCGAGAAUACGAGUAAAGUUCAACAGCAAGGAAUCUGUGAAUGUUUGUAAAGUGGUAAAUGCUACAUCCCUUACAUGCUGGGCCCCUGCACUCACCCCAGAAUAUCGCCCCGGACUGGAUGCUGUUGAAAAACCAGACGAGUUUGGAUUUAUUUUUAACAAUGUGCAGUCACUCUUGAUCUUCAACAACACCAAGUUCAUCUACUACCCCAACCCGACGUUUGAGCUUCUCAGCACCACCGGAGUUCUAGACCAGAAGCCAGGAUCUCCCAUCAUAUUGAAGGGUAAGAACCUCUGUCCUCCUGCAGCAGGUGGAGCCAAGCUGAAUUACACAGUUCUCAUUGGUGAAACACCGUGUGCAGUUACUGUAUCCGAGACCCAACUUCUCUGCGAAUCUCCAAAUCUCACUGGACAAUACAAAGUGACAGUGCAUGUUGGAGGCAUGGUGUUUUCCCCAGGUUCUGUCAAUGUACUUUCCGAUAGUCUCCUCACACUUCCAGCCAUCGUCAGCAUUGCGGCAGGAGGAAGCCUCCUUCUAAUUAUUGUCAUCAUUGUACUUAUUGCUUACAAGCGCAAAUCCAGAGAGAACGAUCUCACCCUAAAGAGACUGCAAAUGCAGAUGGACAACUUGGAGUCAAGAGUGGCCUUGGAGUGCAAAGAAGCUUUUGCUGAGCUGCAGACAGAUAUCAAUGAACUGACCAGUGACUUAGAUCGUUCCGGCAUUCCUUACUUGGACUAUCGCACGUAUGCCAUGCGGGUACUGUUUCCUGGAAUAGAGGAUCACCCUGUGUUACGGGAACUAGAGGUGCAAGGUAAUGGACAGCAGAAUGUGGAGAAGGCCUUGAAGCUUUUUGCCCAGUUGAUCAACAAUAAGGUUUUCCUGUUGACGUUCAUCCGCACUUUGGAGAUGCAACGAAGUUUCUCCAUGCGUGACCGGGGAAAUGUGGCGUCUCUAAUCAUGACAGCAUUGCAGGGAAAACUAGAAUAUGCCACAGAUGUCUUAAAGCAACUUCUUUCUGACCUGAUCGAGAAGAACUUAGAGAACAAGAACCACCCCAAGCUGCUGCUCCGCAGGACAGAGUCGGUAGCGGAAAAGAUGUUGACCAAUUGGUUUGCUUUCCUGCUGCACAAGUUCCUCAAGGAGUGUGCUGGGGAGCCCCUCUUUAUGUUACACUGCGCCAUAAAGCAGCAAAUGGAGAAAGGACCCAUCGAUUCCAUCACGGGAGAAGCUCGCUACUCAUUAAGUGAAGACAAGUUGAUCCGGCAACAGAUUGAAUACAAAACUCUGAUUCUAAAUUGUGUGAAUCCCGAUAAUGAGAAUAGUCCAGAGAUCCCAGUGAAAGCUUUAAAUUGCGACACCAUUACUCAGGUCAAGGAGAAAAUACUGGACGCAGUAUAUAAAAAUGUGCCGUAUUCUCAGAGGCCGCGAGCAGGAGACAUGGACCUUGAAUGGCGGCAGGGACGCAUAGCAAGGGUUGUCUUACAGGACGAAGACAUUACAACCAAGAUAGAGGGGGACUGGAAGAGGCUUAAUACGCUGAUGCAUUAUCAGGUCUCAGAUCGGUCGGUGGUUGCACUUGUUCCAAAACAAACCUCAUCGUACAACAUCCCAGCUUCUGCCAGCAUUUCACGGACUUCUAUUAGUAGAUAUGACUCCACAUUCCGUUACACUGGAAGCCCUGACAGCUUACGAUCCCGUGCUCCUAUGAUCACCCCAGAUCUGGAGAGUGGAGUUAAAGUGUGGCAUCUGGUAAAAAAUCACGAGCAUGGUGAUCAGAAGGAAGGUGAUCGUGGUAGUAAGAUGGUAUCUGAAAUCUACCUAACCCGGCUACUGGCCACUAAGGGGACACUGCAGAAGUUUGUGGAUGACCUUUUUGAAACAUUGUUUAGCACUGUUCACCGUGGUAGUGCCCUUCCACUUGCAAUCAAGUACAUGUUUGACUUCUUGGAUGAGCAAGCCGACAGACAUGGUAUAUACGAUACUGAUGUGAGGCACACGUGGAAGAGCAACUGCCUCCCUCUCCGGUUUUGGGUGAAUGUCAUCAAGAACCCCCAGUUUGUAUUCGACAUUCACAAAGGCAGCAUCACUGAUGCUUGUCUGUCUGUGGUAGCUCAAACGUUCAUGGACUCAUGUUCGACCUCGGAACACCGGCUUGGCAAAGACUCCCCGAGCAACAAGCUUCUCUAUGCCAAGGACAUACCCAACUACAAGAACUGGGUAGAGAGGUAUUAUGCGGACAUUGCCAAGCUGCCAGCCAUCAGCGACCAGGAUAUGAAUGCCUACCUCGCAGAACAGUCUCGAAUGCAUUCUGCAGAAUUCAACAUGCUGAGCGCACUCAAUGAAAUCUACUCUUAUGUCAGCAAAUACAACGUGGAGCUUAUCACAGCCUUGGAACAGGAAGAACAGGGCCGUCGACACCGCUUAGCCUACAAAGUGGAGCAGCUCAUAGGAGCUAUGAGUUUUGACAGCUGAACUUAACUAUUUUCUCUACGACCAAGGAAAGGGGAGAGACGCCAGAAAAGGACUCGUAAGGCAGAGGAGCAGGUUCUCUUGACUUUCCUUCCAACUGUGAAGAAAAACAACAUAUGGGUCUUACUAUUACUUGAUUCCCUCAAAAGAACAAGGAAAGCAGCCAAACCUGUUGCGCCAAAAGCAUUUCAUUAUCAGAAUACGAAGACUUCACAGGAAUUACCUUGUACUAGGCAAGGAUGCUGAUUGCAUGUACUAUGUAAAUUUAGAGACUAUGACACGAGAAAAAGACUAAACUGCUGUUUGUUGGGUUGGUUGAGUGUUAAGCUUGUUAUUUUCUCUUCAAAAGACUCAUUUUAUUUUUAAUUAUUUAUUGUUUUUUUCUGGGGGAUUGUAGGACAUUGGGGAAAGUACAUCAUUUUCAUCACUGGUUGGGAACACAAAGGGAAUUUUCGAAUGGAUAAUUCUAUGAUUUCAGCUCUUCUCUUAAGCAGCCAUUGAUGGCUUUUUUUUGCACUGGUUCAAAAGAGGACUUUCCAGGAUGCCAUAAAACAGAACUGCAUUGGACAAAGUUGAACAAUUCACCACAAACAGUAACUGUUCUACAGGAAACGGUGUCCUUAGUAUGACAUCUGGAAAACUUCAUCAUCAACUGUCCUUUCAAGCUCGCCCACUAACUCAAAUAUUGAUUAUUCAGAGCAAAAGGCGUGUUUCCAAAGCCAAACAGAAUCACCUUCUAGUAGUAAACCAUUUCCAUUAGCUAUUUUGCAUCUUCAGUCAAGUUCUCUUUUACAUAAUUUUGAUAAAUCAUGGCGAAUAAAGCCAUAGAGAGGACAUCUCAGCAGUGAAUUAGAUGGUGGGAAAUACUUCAGACAUCUGAUAAGCCAACACAUGGUCUUACAUUUCUUAGAUAUUGUUUCAGUCGCCUCUAAUGACUUUACAUGUUACAUUCAGCAUUCUCUCUGACCUCAAAAGAUGGCAGCAUGGAUGAAGGUGAUUUAAGAAGAGGUUUCAUAUCCAAUAUCUAAAGGAAUAUAGCAUUUUAAACACGGUGCCAUUUGCCUGCAUACACUAUGCACAAAUCCUAUGUAACUACUGCACUUGUAACCCACGUGGUCACUCAUUGCCCCUUCAUUCCCUAGCUCGAAGAUAUCUGGCUUUUGCAAAGCCAACAUUCUCGUAUUACACUUCAAUAUUAUUCAAGAUUAUAUCCUGACAUUAUUACGGUAGCCACUGUAUCCAAAUUGGCCAAAAACAAGAAAAUUGUGCAUAAAAAUACACAUUAAUUUCUAUUGUCAUCAGUGUGCAUAGAAAUCUAUAUUAUAAGAAGAAAUACCCUGUCUUAAAUACAGAUUGUAUAACCAAGUCAUAAUACAUCUGUUGUGGAAAACGCAAUCUAAAAUCAAGUUACUGUAGAUGAAAGAUGGACUUUAGAUAUGUUUGGAUAUGCUGCUUAUUGCAGUGUUAUAUAUACUAUUCAUAAGGUGGCUAGACUUUUCCUUAAGGAUUGUGGUUUCUAGUUCUCAAGGAUUCCAACAUUUAGGGAUACCUCAAUUUUGUUUCAGUUGAUAUUGAUAACUGGAUUGGGAUACUUUACAUAAGUCUGCAACACCCUAAGCAGGAGUAAAGGAGUGCACAUCCCUAUACGGUUCAUUAUCUUGUAUUAUAUGAGGGUAUUUACGCCCAGCCACUGUUGGAAUCACAUGUGAUCAAGCAGGGGUGUCCUUAAAAGCUCAAAAAACACUAUUGGUCUCUAGGUAACAUUUUUCCUGAUACGAUUGUUAGUUCUAUAUUCCCCAGGAUGCUCACAUUCAAGACUAGCUGAAUUCGACUGAAAUGUCAGCUAUAUGAAAUAUUGUUUUGCGUAACCAAACAAACACUAGCUGUAAAAGCAAGAAAACAGUAAGUAAUAUGCGAUGGGCGAGCAAUGACUUAUAAGCAGUAGUAUUUGCCUUUAAAACCAGCAUUGUUAGCAGACAUUGAGGAAGUGAAUUGUGCUGAAUAAUAUUUUUAUACGUUUAGUUAAUUAUGGAAGCGGAUGUACAAUAAAAUUAAAUGUGCCAGUCCAAAUGAACUGUCUGCUCUAAAGACAUCGAAAAUCUGUAAAAUAGCAACAUAAAAAAAAAUUAGUUUUUUAAAUAGAUUGUAUCAUAUCAAAUACUGAUGAACAGACACUGCUCUAAACCUAGAAUACCCAUUUCCUGUAUUAAUGCAGAUAUUGUGAGUUUGUCAAUGAAUCCAUCGUGGGAUUUUCUGUCUCUCCGGAUGUCACGUUACAUUUUUCUACCACCCUGCUAUCAUUUAUGGUUCACAAAGCCUGUCUUUAUCGUGGGAUUAGUACAUAGGAUGAAAUAAUCCGUUAAUGUUAUUAAAACAAUGCCGAAGUCACCGUUUGUCAUUAUUUUACAUUUCCUGUUAACAGUUGCAUGUGUUUGGUUCUGUUGGAAGCAUUGCCCACAAGUUCAUUUCAUAGCAAUGCUAUGUUUACAGCAGCCAUUACUUGAAACAGCCUUGUAUAUUUAUUUUUGUUGUUUGAUGUUUUGUUUGUCGUUCACAUUCAUGAAUCGUCUGCUUCUUGGAGCGAGUGUCCUUUAUAAUGGAGGGUUACUCCAAUCUGUCGCUACAUUCCAUAUUUACUUAAAAUAGCUGAUUGUACAGUGGUUAAAUAGAGGCCACCUUUAUGUAUUUUCUUAAUUGAAAUGUACAAAAAACAAGGAAUCAUAGGUUUAACAGAGUCUCUGAGCUACAAAAAAUAUAGUACAGCACCAGAUUAGUUUAAGAAAUGUGGUGUAAAUAUCUGGUCGUUGUUAUAUGAAACCCACGAUUAUACUGCCCGUCUACAAAUACAUUUUGCCUGUUUCUUCACUCACUGCAGACCAAAGCCCCCUAAAAGUUCUCGUUAGAACCCCUUUAGAGCCUAGAAGCCAAGCAAUGCAUUGCAGGGCAAUACUCUGCCGGCUUCUCAUGUAUUAAAGUGCUUUCUAUGUGUGUGAUGUUUCUAAAUGCAAAUUGUGGAAUAUCACCUUGUGCUGACCCUCUGUAUUUCUGGCAUUUCUCAUUUAAUCUUGGUCUGUGCUGUGCCCCUCGUACCACUGGCAGCUAAUAGGCUCAUGAACUUCACAGAUAUUUUUGGGGUUAGUGGAGUUGGAGCUUUGCAAUGCACAUUUCCAUGAUUCUCCUGACCCAGAUUAAAAAUGGCAGGUCUGAUACAUCAACACAACUGCACUUGGAUGGGAGCAACUAUUGCAACACACA